AUGAUAUAAAGUUCCACUCGUAACCGUUCUGAAUAACUAAUCUAUUAACGCAGAUAAUAAGAAUAAUAGGUUGGAAAGUUGAACACUAAGCUAAGAUAGGAACAAUAUGAAAAAACAUUUGCAGCUUGGGAAAAUAAGGGAAAGGAUGUUGCCAAUAUGUAAUAUACUAAAAACAGGUUUGCAUAAUAUUAUAUUAAUAGAUUACAAUAGAUAAGAGCUGAUGCUGAUGCACACAAAAAUUAACGAAAAGAAAAAUUGGCUGCAUUGUUAAAUGCUGAACAUGAACAAUAUUAAUAAGAAAUCAAAGCCAUGGUUGAAACUCCAGAAUAGGUUAAGGAGAGAAUGAUGAAAGAAGUUGCAGAAUUAAAAUAAAGAAAAGAAAUUGAGAGAUCUAAGUAGGCAGAAGUUGCUUAUGAAAGAAGGUUUAGAGAUAAUGCAGAUGAACUCAGAUUAGUAAAUUAAUAAUUUAAUGAAUAAUAAACUGUUGCUUAUAGAAAUAUGUAAAUGAUGGAAAAAUAGAAAAUGUUAGAAGAUUAAUAUGAAGGUAAUACAUAUAUAUGUAUUAUUCAAAUUAGAGGAAAUGAUUUAUGCUGAAUUAUAUAGAAGAGAAAUUCUAAAGAAAGAAAGGUUAGAAAAAGAAAAAGAGAUUGAAUAGAAAGCAAAAGUUGAUGAAAGAAAUAAAGUAUUGGGAAUUCAAACUUAAAUGAAUGUUAAUAAGUAUUAAAGAAUCAAAGAUGAGAUUGAAUAAGAGAAAUAAAUGCUUGUAAUAUUAUUAAAAAUAAUCAAUUUAGAAAGAAGAAUGGAAAAGAGAAGAUGAAAGACAUAAAUAAAGAGAGAAUUAAUAUUUGAAUUAUAAAAAGGAAAUUAAUUAAGAAAUUGCUUUAAAUAAUGAAUAAUAAAAAGAUUACAAAAAAUAAAUAAAAUAAGAAGAGAAAUUAUAAGAUAAAGAGAUGAUUUAAUAAGUAUUAGAAAGAGAAGAAGCAAUUGCUAGAAUGGAAUAAGCUGAAAAACUUAGAUAAAAAGAAGAAACUAGAUAAUUUUUACUUAAUUUUAAAAAUAGAAAUAAUGAAUAUAAUUCAAAUGAUUAGUUGAAAGAAAGAUUGAUAAAUGAAGAAAAUGCUCGUUAAUGGGAAACAAAGGAAGCUAAAUGGAAGGCUGAAGAUGUAAAUAUAAUUAAUUAUUUUAGGAUGCUAGAGUCAAAUUGAUGUAUGAAGUUUAUGCUUAGAGAGCUGAAAAUGUUGAAAUAAAAAAGAAAAUUAUAGAAGAUGAAAAGAAUAUUAAAUCAUAGGAUAAAGUAGAAUUAUAACGAUAAAUGGAUUUAUAUUAAAAAGAAUAGGAAGAAAAACAAAGAAUAGAAUAAGAUGUAUAUAUGUAAUAUAAUUGAAGAAAAUUAUGUAAACAAAACACAAUUUGUUAAAUCAAAUGGAUGAGAAAAAAUAAAGAUAAUAAUUGUUAAGAGAUAAAAAAUAAUAAGAAGAGGAAGCUCUUCGAAGAUAAAAGGAAGAAUAUGAUAAAAAAAUAGAGAUGGAAAAAGCAAAAGGACGUGCUUUGCUCGAUGAACUUAGAAAAUAAAGACCUUAUUGA